AAACUCUCUUCAAACACCCUCAUCCAGUUUCUUGCAGCCACCCAGGACAUCACAAGGAUCUUUCAGCUCGCCCAGAGAGAUGGGGAUAAUUGAUGAUGUCAAGGACACAACGUCCAAAGCGGUUUUUUCUCCUGGUACUCUGCUCUCGGGACGCGGCGGGCUGCACAUGGCUCAGAUCAUCCUGUCUCUGGUCACCUUUGUCCUGGCUGCCUUCAGAGGAGGGAGCAGCCAUACCUACUGGAUCUACGCCAUGUUCACCUGGGCCUUCUGCCCCAUCAUGACCCUCAUCAUCACCAUCAUCGAAAUGUUCAAACUCGAUAUCAUACUCAACAUGUUUUGCAUGGACUGGUCUGACUUCGCCACGGGCAUGGCCAUGUCCUCCACGCUCAUGACCGUCUCCGUCGCCAUCACCUACGCCAACUUCUACACCUGCUGGACAUGCCUGUACGGAUGGAUAGUGAGUGGGUUUGCUUUUUUGUGCGGUUUUGUUUACGCCCUUGAGGUGUUGAAGGACAAAAUCCUGGACAGAAAAAAGGGGACCUACCUCGCCGCUCUGCCUGGAUUCUUCAAAGUCCUGGAGGCCUUUGUGAGCUGCGUGAUAUUCAUAUCACUGACGGGCUACAGAGACAAGCCGGCCCUGAUCGUCUGCGUUAUAGCGUACGUCAUUCCCUUCCCCAUCCUCCCACUCAUCAUAGCCACCAACAUCCUGAAGAAACUGAAGAAGUGUUUGCCCUUUAACUUAGACAGGUUUGUGUUUAUAUUCCUGGUGAUCUCCGUUGUGCUGUACAUCUUCGCUGCUAUAGUGUGGCCGGUUUUUAUGUUCAGGAACAACCCUCGUCCCAGCGAGUGUCCGCCCAGCUUCUGCAUCUGGGCCAUUCAGUUCAUGGUUGCAAUCAUGACCUAUGUGAAUCUCACACUCUUCACAGUGGACCUCAUUUUUACCUUGCUUGGAAUCUGUGGCUUCAAACGCACAUAAAUAUUGUCCUGUCAAUAAGGUUUUAAAUUACCGUCUUUUAAACAGAAUCUUCCAUAUAAAUGAUUGAUAUUCUGUAUCAAAUGUGAUUUAAGUCUUGUUUUCUCAGUUAAUGUACAGUGUGAUGUUUAAUGAAAUUGUAAUUUUCGAUUUUUUUACUCCAUUAUGCAUUGGCGCAACAGAGACUGCAUAUUCAAAUCUCACCAGUCUGACAGUUGAACGCCAGGAAACCGAGAUAGUGAGAGCGUGCACUCUGCAGCGUUCAGACCCUCAAGGUCUCCUCUGGUUCCUCAAACUCCACAGACCCUGGAAACAGAUGUAUAGUAUAAUGUGUUGUGUAUCAAUUGAUGCAAUGUAUAAUUUAUCAAUAGCCCAAAUCUGAGUGAAACCUUAACUUUAUUUAAUUUUCUUUAUUUAAUAACAUAAAGUCUUGCAUUGUAUUCA